AUAUGUUUUAUAAACCAAAGGGAAAGGGAAAGAAAGAAAAAAAUAUUGUGUGUGAAGGAUAACAACAUCAACUUAAUAGUUUAUAAAUAAAGAUAAAAUCUUGAAAUUAUUUAAAAGGAAUAAUAUAAAAUUAAGUGCUAUUUUAGAAUCGUAAAAAUAUUUAGUUUUUUUGUAUAUAAAGAAUAUAAAAAAUUCUACAUGUUUAGAAAAAAGCAUAUACUAAAAAAUAAUGAAAAUAAAAUCCCUAACUAUAAGUCUAUUAUGUAUAUAGAAAAAACUUCAAAUAGAUUUUCAGUUCAAUAUUUGAUAAGAAACGAAAAAGCCAAUAAAUGUCUGCUAUUUGAAAACUUAAAAAAAAUAAUUUUCAAAAUAUUUGUAAGAAACCAAAAUCAUCUACAACAACAAAAGGGAGGUUGCAAUGAUUCGGGAAACAAGUUUAUUUUCUUAUUCUAAUUUGAAAAAUAUCAACUUUCAACUGAUUUACAUAUUAAUUAUUAAUAUAAAUUUUAAUCAUUGUGUUAACUUUUCAUUAUCAACAAAUAUUUUGCUUAACUCUUUAAAUCAAUACAAUCAAAAUCUGACACUAAAUAAUACACAUUUUAUAAAUUAUGAUGAAAAAACUUAUUAUAAUGAUAACAAUAAAAAUUCUAAUCAAAAUGAUUUCGAGAAGCGGUAUAAAAGAAAUUCAUUAAUAAAAACAGAAAGAACAAUAUCCAAAUUAUUUGAAGUAAAUCCAAUAAUAACCAAUAAUAAUUAUGAGAGUACAUGUCCUGAACAAUGUUCGUGUCUAGGUGACUAUUUUGAAUGUAAAAAACUUAAUUUAAAAAAUUUACCAACAUUUCCAAGUUGGAUACGAGAAUUAGAUUUAAGUGGCAAUAAACUGGAUGAUACAAUAACUGAUUCAAUUGAUAAUUUAAGUCAUCUUACUAAACUUUCAUUAAGGAAGAAUCAUUUACGGAAAAUGCCUGUUUUCCAAAAUUUAUUUACAUUAGAAGAACUCAUUUUAUCUAACAAUAAAAUACAAGCCAUUACCACAGAGUCUAUGUUAUCGUUACCUAAUUUAAGAAUAUUGGAUUUGAGUCGAAAUGAGAUCAGCAUUAUUCUGCCAAAUUCAUUCCCAGUAAAAAAUUCUUUGGAACAAUUAAAUUUAAAUUCAAAUAAAAUUGUCACAUUAGAUGUACAUUCAUUCAGUACCUUAACCUCACUAAUUGAAUUACAAAUAAAUCGUAAUGGAUUGGAUAAUUUACCUAAUAAUAUAUUUAAAAAUUUGAAAAACUUAAAAAAAUUAUAUUUAAACGAUAAUAACAUAAAUAUAACAUAUUCUGUUUUUAAAGGGCUUGAUAAACUAAAAGUAAUUAAAUUUAAAUCAAAUAAAUUGAACAAUUUAUCUGACGGUGUAUUUUAUGCGUUGAAAUCAAUUGAAACAAUUGAAUUAGAUUCAAAUUUAAUUCGCGUAGUGGGAAAACAAGGAUUCUAUAACAUAGCAACAUUGAAUUCACUUAAUUUAUCAAACAAUUCCAUUGCGACAAUUGAUUUAGAUAUAUUUGAAUUUACACAAAAUAUAAUAUUUUUGGAUUUAUCGAAAAAUCAAAUCAGUGAUAUAAAACCUCAACAUUUUAGUUGCCUAAAAAAAUUGCAACAACUAAAUUUAUCAAGCAAUAAUUUAUAUUAUUUGAAUGAAUUAAUAUUUCAGUGUACAAUUAAUUUGCAAUCACUUGACCUAAGUAAUAAUAAAUUAUCUGCAGUAAUUGAAGAUAAUAUUGGUGGUACGUUCAAAUUUUUAAAAAAUUUGAAAACAUUAAAUUUGUAUAAUAAUAACAUAAGAAUAAUAAAUCAAAAAGCAUUUAAUGGAUUACAAAAUUUACAAGAAUUAAAUUUAAACGGGAAUAAUAUAAGUACAAUUUAUUAUGACACUUUUGAUAUACUUAAUAAUAUUAAUAAAUUAAUUAUAAAAACAGAUAAAUUUAUAUGUGAUUGUAAUAUGCAAACAUUUUAUAAAUGGCUAAAAAAUUUUCUUAAUAAAUUUACACAAAAUAAUAACAAAAUUGAUAUUAAAUGCGAUUAUCCAACAUAUUUAAAUGGUAAAAAUAUCAUUUAUUUAAAAUUGAAUCAAUUAGUAUGUAAUGAAUCAACAAAACCUCGUUUAAUAAAUGAACCGAACAAUCAAGUAAUAACUAAAGGUAAAAAUGUAACAUUUAAAUGUGAAGCAGUUUCAAUGUCCUCAGCAAAAAGUUAUAUAGAAAUUUUAUGGAGGAAAGAUAAUACCGAUUUGCAAUCGAAUCAAACUUAUAUUGAAACCAAAAUUGCGUUUGAGAAUGAUAAAAUUUUUGCAACUGGUUAUUUACAUUUAAUUAAUGCAUCGCAUAUACAACAUUCGGGACGUUAUCAAUGUAUAGUACGAAACAAUUUUGGCACAAUAUACUCCCAAAAAUUCAAAAUAACAGUUUCAUCUUUCCCGAAUUUCUUGAAAAUACCGUACAAUGUUACUAUAAAUUCUGGUGAUACAGCUCGUUUAGAGUGUAAAGCCAUCGGCGAACCUAAACCAGAAAUAUCAUGGCAAAAAGACGGAGGAAAUGAUUUUCCAGCUGCAAGAGAACGGCGAAUGCACGUGGUGCAAGCUGAGGACGCGUUUUUUAUUGUUAAUGCAAAAGUCCUUGAUAUGGGUGUGUAUACAUGCACAGCCGAUAAUCCCGCGGGAAUUAUAUCUGCAAACGCCACUGUAAUUGUAAAUGAACCACCAUACCUUUUGCAAAAUUUUCCUAUAAGGAAAGAAAUCAUAUUGGGGCAUUCUUUUGUUGUAGAAUGUUUAUGUAAUGGAACACCAAAACCAAAUGUAGUAUGGUAUAAAGAUGAUAAGUUAAUUAAGCCAACAAGUAGAUAUACAUACACAUCCAAUAAUCAGUUGUUGAUUAUUACAUCAUCAAAAUUAAAUGAUUCGGGCUUAUAUAAAUGUAAAGUUUAUAAUGAAUUUGGAACUAAAUAUGGUGUAAAUAAUAUUAUUGUAAAGAAUACUAUAAAUCAUAACUCUGAUAAUAUUAUUAAUAUUGAAGAAAUGAUCGGUAUUAUUAUGAUAACAGUUAUCUGUUGUGCAAUCGGCACAUCAGUAAUAUGGGUUGUUAUUAUUUAUCAAGCUAAAAAGGCAAUUCAGACAAAUCCAGUUUCAACAAGUAAUGAAAAUUCAAUAGCUACGAAUAAUAAUUUACAUAGCAACAGUAAUAUGAACAAUACUAAUAAUAAUAUUAAUAAUAUUAAUCACUAUAAUAACAAUCAUUAUAGUAAUUAUUGUAAUAAUAACAGAAAUAAUAAUAGUAAUAAUAACAAUAAUAAUAAUAGCAACAGUAUUAAUAACAAUGGAAGUAAUGGCAAUAAUAAUAUAAAUUGUAAUAAUAUUAAUAAUAACGACAACAAUAAUAGAAAUGAUGUACCAAUAACAAUAGGUAUUACGUCUUCUUCCAGCAUUUUACAAAAUGCAGAUGAUGAAAUUUUAAAUUGCUAUGAUGAUGUACUUAAUAUCUCUAACAAAUCAACAUUAAACAAUUAUAAUAUUUCAUGUCAAGCAAAAUUGAAUACUGAUAUUAUAGAUAUUAAUAAAAAAAAAUAUAAGUAUUUUGAUCCAGGAUUUAUGAAGCAACCCGAAAGACAAGAAAAUCACGCUUUUUCACUUCAAUUAAAAAACGAUUCGCAAAUUUCUAUUUUUAAUAAUAGUGAAACAUUAGAUAUUAAUGAAAUUCAAUUGAAUGAAAAUGAUAAAAAUGAUUCAUUAGAAUCAAUUAGCAAUGAAUCAAUUCCACUAAAUGAAUUAAAUGUAAAUUUUUUACGACAAAAUAAUUAUAAAACCACUUAUAAAUUACAAAAAUAUUUAAAAAGAAAAAAUUCAAAUGAGUUUUAUAGAUUAUCUAAAAGUCAUGAUACUAUAUACAAUUGUGAUAAUAAUAAUUCAUUUUUAGAUAAUAUAUCUCAAAUACAACUAAAUUGUAUACAAAUGAAAUCAAAUUCUAUAAGUAAAGACUCCGGCACCGGAACGUUUGAAACCAUAAAUUCGUAUGAUAAAAUAAAAAUUAAUCUUAAUAAAAAAACCCUUAGUUCAUAUAGUAAUAAUAACAGUUUCAAUAAAUUUGAUUCACAGUUUGAGGCAAAAUCAAAUUAUUCUUUGGUACAACAAAUAAAAGAGGAUCAAAAUGAGUCUCAACGAAAAAACAAAAAUAUUAAACUAAAUUCUAAUAUUAAAAAUUACAAAAAAUUUGAAUUAGAAUCAAGUAUUAAUAACGACUUAUUAAAUCGAUUUAUUAUAAAUAAUAAUAAAGAUAUUAAAUUUAAAUCAAUAUCAAGUUCUUCGAUUAACUUUGAAGAAAAAAACGUGAUAUAUAAAAAUGAUUCAGUAUAUCCAUCAUCAUUAUCAUUAAAUUGCUCUAAAGAUGAUAGUAUUAUAUCUAAUUAUAAUUAUAAUAUUUAUGAUGGAGUGUCUUCAUUACCUUUAAAAAAAAAUUCAUGGAGGAAAAAAGUUAAUCGUACAGAAAAUAUUGAGGAAAAUCAUUAUAAUAAUACAUUGUUAAAAAAUUUGGAUUUUAAACUAGAAACUACCAACAUAGAAGUUGGAAAUGAUGAUAAUAAAAAAAAUGGUAUAUUUAAUAUAAAAAAUAAAAGUAAUGUAAAUAAACUUAAAGUGAUGCCGGCAUCAUUAUUAUCAUCAAACUCAAUGCCGAUAUUGCCAUCAUCUUUAUCACCAUUAUCAAUUUCCACUUCGACUCAUUUAAAACGAAGACAGCUUUUCUAUAAUUUAGGCAAUAGUGAUGAAAAUUGUUCAAAUUUAAUUAAUAAUACCGUCCAUAGGAAUGGAGAAAAUUUUAAUAAUGAUAGGUGUAAUAAUAACAGAGUUAAAAAAGGAAGAAAAUAUAAUUUUAGUAAAAAAAGAUUGAGUAGUAUUAAUCAUAAAAAUAAAAAUUAUUAUAAUGAUGAUAAUUUAAGCAAUUAUAAUUUAAAUGAAAAUAAUAAUUUAUUAUCAUUCCCAUCAUCAUCAGAAAAUUCUAAAUUUAAUGAUGUUAAUGAUGACUUUAACUAUUAUAGUAAAUAUAAUCGUAAUAUUGGUAACGAUAUUAUCAAUGAUGAUAAUGAAAAUAAUAUUAGUGAAAAUUUAAAUAUAAUAUUAGAAAAUUAUCCGCCAAAUGACUUAGACAAAAAUAAUGACAAAUCAUUAUUAUUACGUAAAAAUAAUUUUUUAAUUCCUUUAUUAAAAAAUAAAAGAUAUGUAGAAAAUAAGAGCAAUAAACUAAAAAAUGUAACAAAAUCGUAUAUGAAUAACUAUAAUUCAAUAAUGUUAAUACCAUCAACAACGACUGCAACAAAUGUAGCAGCAACAGAUUCUGCUGCAACAUCGAUAGAAUCAUCAAUUACAUUGUCACGAAAUGGCAAUCCAACAUUCUUAUCGUCAUCUUCGUCUUCGUCAUCAUUACUUUCACCAACACAAGAAAUUUCAAUAUAAAUCUGAGCUAUUUUUUUUUUCUUUUUACCAGUGUUUAAAAUCAUAAAUAAAAUUUUAAUUUGAAAAUUAAUAAUGAACUUUGUAAUGUAAAAAUCUGUAUAUGUAGUUAUGAAAAAUGUGGAAAUGAUAUAAUAUUUUUAUAUUGGAUAAGUAUUUUUGUUUUUUUUUUUUACCAGAAAAAUUAAAGAUUUGUACUAAAAUUUAA